UUCGUUGAGGACCACACGGGAGAGGAGAGGCCAAGUAGGAGAGGAGCUGGGAAAGCCAAGUGGUGAUUUUGGGUGAAGUCUCCUGUCACUAUGAAGGCCCUGUAUGCUCAGCAGAAUUCUCUUGGAGAGGAAAUGACAUUUGUGUUCCAGGAAAGAGAGAACCUUCCUCCCAGCAGGGACCACGAGGUGAAGGUGCAGGUCAGAGCCUGUGCUCUCAGCUGCGUGGACACAAAGCUCCUGGCAGAAAUCAAACUGAAGAAGGAACUUGUGCCUGUUGGGAGAGAAAUUUCAGGAGUUGUGCUGGAAGUUGGAAGCAAGGUGACCUUUUUCCAGCCAGAUGAUGAAGUGGUGGGAAUUCUGCCCCUGGAUUCCGAGGAGUCUGGUGUCUGUGAAGUUAUCCUGGUUCAUGAGCAUUAUUUGGCUCACAAGCCCCAGAAGCUGUGCUGGGCAGAGGCUGCGGGGACGCUCCGGGACGGGCUCCGCGCGUACACGGCCCUGCACUACCUGGCCCCGGUGUCCCCUGGCACCAGUGUCCUCGUCCUGGAUGGAGCAAGUCCAUUUGGUACCAUUGCAAUUCAGCUGGCCCAACACAGAGGGGCCAAAGUUAUCUCCACUGCCCACAGCCUGGAGGACAAGCAGUACCUGGAGAGGCUCAGGCCUGCUGGGGGAGUCCGGCAGCCUUUGGUGGCCCGGGUGAUCGAUGUGUCGCACGGCAAGAUUGACGUGGCCGAGAGCUGCCUGGAGGAGACGGGCGGGCUGGGCGUGGACACCGUGCUGGAUGCCGGAGUGAGGUUGUACAGUGCUGAGGAUGAGCCAGCUUCCAGGUGCCAGCUGCUGCCUCACAAGCACGACAUCAUCACCCUGCUUGGGGUGGGGGGACGUUGGAUAACCACCGAAAGGAACCUGCAGCUGGAUCCUCCAGACAGCCACUCCUUGUUCCUUAAGGGAGCCACCGUGUCCUUCCUGAACGAGGAGGUGUGGAACUUGUCCAACGUGCAGCAGGGGAAGUAUCUCUCCAUCCUGGAAGAUAUCAUGGACAAAUUAUCAAAUGGCAUUUUCAGGCCUCAGCUGGAUGAACCCAUCCCAUUGUAUGAAGCCAAAGUUUCUAUGGAAAUAGUUCAGAAGAAUCAAGCAAGAAAGAGACAAGUCAUCCAGUUCUGACACACAACUUCUGAUUUCUCAGCCUGGGGAAGAUAAAGAAAUGUAUUUGUGGAAUAAAUCAGUGUACACUUGCAGGCAGUGAACAGAAUUUUAACAUUCUUUCUACCUUAA